AUGGUUCAAUUACAGGCAUGUCCAUCUACAGCUAUGUCUCAUAUCACGCGAACUCAACAAAGUGUUUAGUAUACAAAUGUCAUUACAAAUGACAUCUUAUUUUAUGUUUAUUGUAGAAUUGUCUCGUGAAGCUUACACGAUAUAUAUAGAUAAAAAUGCAAUAGAAAUUGGAUAUGUUUUAGAUAGCUUUUUUGCUUAUAUCUGGGGCAUCAUAUAUAGUGCAAAGCUUCUUUCAUUAAAUUAUAUCUGUCAAACUGUUUACGAUAAGGCAAACGAAACAAUAAUAAUUCUUUAUAAAUUGUCCAAUGACAAUGUCGACGAAGACUUACGCGAGCAGACUCUACAAUUUAUACUACAAAUAAAACAAAGAGAGGUAAAAUUUGGUGUUGGACUUCUCUAUUUUGGUUACGACUUCAUUCGCCGGUUCUAUAAGUCAUUUGUGACUGUCUUGGUGAUUAUAAUACAAAUGCGUUAUACAUAUAACUAUCCUCUUAUUAAUUAAAAAUAUGUAGAUACAUCAAUAUUUGACAUCUGUAUUUUUCAAGAAAAUAUAUGUGUAUUUUGUAUGCAAUAAAAAAUAAUAUG